UGAGUUUGUAUUUAAAAAUCUUUUAUUUGUUUUAAAAUUUAGAAUAAGAAAAUUGUGUUGGAAACUUCACCCUAUAUACAUGUAUAGAAACGAACGUAUAUGGAAACGAUCCGGUAGAGGAACUCGCGUAUACGCGAUUAUAUCCUGAACACAAAUGGGAAGAGUGGACUAUACAUAUAGAAGAAGAGAGGAGAUAGAGGUGAAGAACGGAUGGAUGGAUGGACAGACAGACGGAUGGAAUGCUCGGGCUGCAUCGGUACAAGGCCUGUUCUCGACAAUAAAAUCGAUUUUUCAUACGAGGCAUUUAUCAUACACCCGCGAUAAUGGGUGUGUAUGGAGAUACGGUAUAAAUAUUUCGAGGUAAAUAAUCGUUAGCUUUCGAGUAACGGAGUGUGGAGAGAGCAUUAAUAAUAUCGGUGUCCUUUUCAUGUGGUGGAAAGAAUUGACAGCAUGGUAGAAUCCUUCGUUACCAAUGACUGUGCGCGCGUGAACGAGAGUGAGGUUAUGUAUACGCGUGUGCGUAGCUCAUAUGUAAGUUCGAAUGAUAAUAAGCGUCAAGAUUCUUGUUUGUGAACAUUUCUCUUUUGAGGAACGGUGUAAAAAGUGUCCGGGAAAUUCGAGAACCAAUAAUGGAAGACAGAGGUGGAAGACAUGACGAGCGACGGCGUGUGCGACGGAACCGGGACGAAUCUCACCGCGCCGGAGACUACCGGUGGCUUGAUAGGACCGGAAAUGCCGGCGAACGUGAUGGAGUGCGGCGGAUGCGGAGAGCGCGUCCGCGAGCGCACUGUCCUCUGCGUCGGCGGUCGAACUUGGCACUCUAGGUGCUUAAGGUGCUUCGCGUGUGCCAGGCCGCUACACGAUCAACACUCGUGCUUCUUGAAGGGCAUGAGGCUCUAUUGCAGGCACGACUAUGCUCUAACGUUCGGUGCCAAAUGCGCGAAAUGUGGUCGAAGCGUGGGUGCGGGGGAUUGGGUGAGAAGGGCCAGGGAAAGGGUGUAUCAUUUGGCGUGUUUCGCCUGCGACGCCUGUUCCCGUCAACUCUCCACAGGCGAGCAAUUCGCCCUCCUGGACGCCAGAUUGCUUUGCAAGGCUCACUACCUGGACGUCGUCGAAGGCAACAACACUUCUUCCGAUGAAGGCGGUGACUCCGAGAGCGGGCACAAGAGCGGUAACAAGGCGAAGAGAGUGAGAACCACGUUCACGGAAGAGCAACUCUCCGUUCUUCAAGCGAAUUUCCAAUUGGACAGCAACCCGGACGGCCAAGAUCUCGAGAGGAUAGCCCAUGUGACGGGACUCAGCAAAAGAGUUACGCAGGUUUGGUUCCAGAAUUCUAGGGCGAGGCAGAAGAAGCAUCUGCACACGGGAAAAAUGAAAGGGCAACACGUUCAUCAAUCACCACCAAAUUCUAACGCGUCCACUGGCGAUUUCGGUCGACACAUCAAUUUACACCUAACCUAUUCGUUUCAACAUCAACAGCAGCACCAUCAUGGCCAGCAACCUCCGCAAUUAAGUCCGGCUACGUGCAAAAGUCCCACACCCUCGAUUUAUCAUAAUCAUGGUCUGUUCUCUAUCGAAAGACCACCAUCAAUUUUGUCCUCAGGCUCGGAACAAUCGAUGGAUGAACUCUCGCAAGACUCGAUGAUGUUGUCGAUGCCGAACGAGGUUUAAUGCCGCCGUUGGACCACUUCUCCUUGUAAAUAUUUCUUUAUUUUAGUUAAGAAGAUCUUUGAACACGUUCAUUUCAUUUCGUAUCUCGAAGACGAAUAGAAUUCGUCGCGAUUAAAAAAGAGAGAGAAAUUUUGAGGUUCUUCAGAUAAAUAUAUAAUUGAUGUACGAUUUCAUUUUGAUUUUUCAUUCAUUCAUGAAAUUUUUGAGAAUUUUGAGAUCCAAGAUUUCGAUUUAUCUGUCAAAAUUUUAGAUAGAAUUUUAUUAUAAAAAGAAAAUAAGGAAUAAGAGAGUUUUCCUUAAUUUAUUACUUUUCUUUUUUCAAUUUUCAAAAAGGAAUCGUCCGAAAUGAAUGUCGAAAAAGGAAAAGAAAGCCGUGGAAUUCUGAUUGGUUUCCAAAAUAUUUUUUACCAUCGCGUUUUUAAAACACGUUUAUCGAUUAUCUUAUUUCUUUAGUACUUAUUUUGAAAUAACAUAUGAAAAUCACAGAAGAAAAAUUUAAACAAGUUCAAAGAAAUCUAUUUUUCUUUUUUUACAUCACGUUUUUAAUUGAAAAAAAUUAGUUUAAUAUUUCGAUAUUGUAAAAGAUAAAAAUUUAAUGAUGUUACGAAUUAAAAAUUUUAAAGCCGAUUAUUUUUCGAUCAUCUUCGAUUAAUUCGAUCAGUCGAACGUAACUGAAACACUUCGUUUAACUUCGGACAUUCUCGGUUAUUUUCGAGAAUCAGAAUCCAAUAGCCAAUCCUCUUCUGCUGAUCUUCGGCAAAUUGCCGAUAUUAAUCGAAAAUAACCGAAACAUGAUUAGUUCUAUUAUAAAUUAAAUAAAACUCGUAUGAAAAUAUUUUAAUAAAAGAUAUUCUAUUGUAAAUAUUGAAAAAAAUGACUUAUCAAGUUUUUCGUCUGUGAUCUUCAUAUUUAUUCAAUUAAUUAAUCCUUUGAAGCGUGUUCUUGAAACAAAGUAUAUUUAUACAAAAUAUAUUUAUUUUGAUUUGUAAGUUAAAGAAUACUCCAUGUUUCGAUCAAAGGAAGGAAUAUUAAUUAAACGGACAACAUUUAAAAAAAAAUGCUUAAAUUUGUAACAUCGUUUCAAAGGAUUAUAUAUUUCGAUAUUUUUAAACAGCAUCCGAAAUAAAACGUCGUUGAUCCGAAUAUUUCGUAUAAUUUAGAACGAAAUCCGCCCAAAUCGUUGUUAACUUAUUAAGAUAACCAGCAAAAUGUAGAGAAGCCAAUUUUUAAGACUGGAUGGCAGCACAGCUCUCUCGCACUGGAUGUUAAGCUUAUUAUAAAUAAGUGAAUGCAAUUAAACGUUCCAUAUAAUGCAUAACAAAUCUCCGUGCACCAAUAUGGAAAUGAAUCGCGAAUAUUUCCGUAGCGAUUGAUAGGUGAUGAUCAACUCGUAAUCAAUUUUUUAGUUUCGAAUCAAGUUUUAACCCUUUCCAUUUGCAUGCUUUCUUUUCGAAUUAAUUAAUUUUUAAUUUUAUUAAAUUCAUUAAAUUUUUUUAAACAUCGAAACUCAAAGAAUAUGAUGGCUCAGAAAUAACCUAUAAUAGUAAAUUCAAUGGAAAGGGUUAAUCACGAGUAUUAAAAAGCUCGAUCCAAAUCCAUCGAUUUACAAACUUCGAUUAUACGAAUAAGGAAUGUCCUUUACGGUUCUAAAGAAGUGAUAAAUGUGAUUUUCCUUCUUUUUGAGAGAAUGAUAUAUAUAGUUGUCCUCACUUUGAUUGAUCCACGGAAUUCCCUGAUAUAAUCAGGUUAUCGUUUUAAUAAAACGUGUAAGAUCAAAUAUACGAUUAGCGUAAACGAUAAAACUUCGAGAGACGUCGGUGUCCCCGAAAAUUGCCGAAGUUUCGUUUCGUGUCGACUCGGAUAUAUUCGGUAUAUCUCGGGGAACAUCAGAAAGCAAUGUUCCGAAUGAAAGUAUCUUUUACAGUGUUUAGGUAAUUAAUUGUGUAAUCGUAAAAAGAAUCAUUAUUUAAUAUACUUAAUGUACUGUGAUGUAAAUAUUGUAAACUAAGUAUAUAUACAAUAUAAAAUGUUGCACAUAUUUA